AUGCAAACCAUCUUCUCGCGGUCCCUGGUUGGACGGAGCCUGAGGUGGCCCGUCAUUCACACACUCCCUGAGAAGGUGAAGAACAAAGGCUUUGGCUGCGGGUGUUUGGUGGAGUGGAGAGAAGAGCAGAUCGAGCGCUGCAGCCUCACUGCUCACAACAAACCUGUCAGUGACCGGAAGACACCUGGACAUCAAGCCGUGCUCAAUUAA